UUUUUCUUUAAUUAGCUGAAAAGAGAGCACUUCAGUGAGUAGGUGGGUUCGUUUGGUAAAGGAUAUGCACCCUCAAUCAGACCUUAAAUUCUUUGAAGCAGAACACAGAACAGAAGCUCUUGUACUAACUCUACCCCUUGUAAUGCACCUUCACCAUUAAAACAAAAGAAUUAAGGAAGGAUUCAUGGCUUGCUUCAAAAGGUGCUGCACUUAUUACCCAAGCUCCGACGACGAUGAGGUAUUAGAAUCGCCUCCGCACUCUUUCUCAGCUAUGCUUACCAGGGACGACGACCCCAUUGCCGACAACCAAGAACCAGUCGAACCUCAACAGCAGCAGCCCUUAUCCUGGGAUAUGGUUUCCGAUAGUCAGGACCUCAUGACUGAUAUCCUUUCACGUCUGCCCAUGACAGAUGUUCUUCGAGCCAAGCCUGUCUCCAAACGAUGGCACUCUCUCAUCUCCGACCCCCUUUUCAUUUCUGAAUUCUGCCGUCGACACCCCACCUCUGUCUCGGGACUGCUCUUUUUUGGAACCUCGAAAGCCUCUGGACUAGAAUUUGUUCCGUUUAACAGCAACAAUCCUACUUCCACCCCCUUGAUGGAUUUCUCUUCUGUUCUGGGGAUUGAAGUUGAGCAUUCUUGCAAUGGUCUCUUUCUAUGUUGCAAGGACUCCUACUACAUCUAUAACCCAGCCAUGAAUCAGUUUAGACUACUUCCACCCCAGCCCAGUCAUAAAAUGGCGUUUUCUGUAAGCGUAGCCUUCGAUCCCCGCAGAUCUGCUCACUACAAAGUUGUGUUUAUUAUUGGCUCUGAAUCUUCUGAGGGUGAUGGCUGGCAGAUUGAGAUGUACUCGUCGGAGACAAGGCAGUGGAGACUCUCCGGAGAGCCCUUCACUUCAGAUGGUAUGGGUUUUGGUCCCGGCGUCUUCUGGAACGGUGCAAUGCACUGGAUUUGCCGGCCGGACACUUUACUGUGUUUUGAUGUUGAUCGAGAGUGUUUGAUAGAGACGCCCACCAUGCCUCAAGGGUCGAGAAGGGGGGAGUAUCUCUACUUUGGGGAGUCCCGAAACCAUUUACAUCUUAUAGUGACCAGUUCUGAGCAGCCUAUCCAUGGUGAUGGUGAUGGUGAUGAUUCUCAGGUUAGGUGCCUAGAUGUGUUUGAGAUGGAAAAGGACUACUCCGGGUGGUUUUUGAAAUACAGAGUCGAUCUCAAUAGACGCCAUAAGUGCGUCUCUAUACUGCAUCUUGUUCAGGGAGAGGAAGAAGAAGAGCAGUCAUCGCUUGUGAUGUAUGUACCCGAUAGCAUCUACAGUUAUGAUCUUAAGAAACAGAGAUUCACGAGUUUAACUGUUAAUCGAAUUAACAUUCCUGGUAGGAGUGCUUGUUUAACGAGGUUAAAUGUUAAUCAUCAAAGCAUCACUAGUAGGAUAAAAUAUUUCUGGUAUUCUGCGCAUCAAUAUAUGGAGACCAUGUCUGUUGUUUGAUCAUCUGUGUUUCAUAUUCAGAUUCAGAUCCUCCUCGCUUUAAA